UCUUCAUUGUUUUCUUACUAUUUUUAAAAUAUUCUUUAAUAUCUUAUUGUCAAUUUUAUAUUUAUGAUUCUUCUCCUGCAGUACUUGCUUAAUAUUUCUUAGAUUUCUACGUAUUGUUUUGUACCAAAAUACCAAAGCAAAUUCCUUGUAUGUGUAAACCUACUUGGCAAUGGAGCAGAUUGUGAUUCUGAUUCUGUGGUGUGGCCCUGUGUGUUGCAGUUUAUGAUUUGAGUAUAGGGCGAGGGCCUGUGUCCAGGGGUCCAUCUCAUAAUCCGUCCAUGGGCCAUGAUAAAUCAAAGGGUUUAGGUUUAUUCUGUGUACAGUGGCCAUGACAGCUCAGACUCAGCUUGUCAGAUUCAGCUCUACAUUGUCAGCCGGCUCAGAGCAGCAACAGCACCUCUGAUUGGCCAGCUGUGGAGCUCACAGGACUCUUGCCACCUGUUCCUGCUCACAGCAGAAGGUGGCAGCAACAUGAAACAUAUAACAGCCAUCAGACACCCUACUACUGCUCUGUGGGUUAGUUAGUGGCACACUGCACUAUUUCAGAUAGAGGAGAGUUCUCUGUGAAUUAAACCAAACAUGAAAUGUAAAAGUUAAGGCGGGAGACAAAUCAACUAUAAUAUGAUAUUAUAGGUGGACACUUAACUUUCUUAAGAUUAAUUUGUGUAAAGUGUGUGUGUGUGUGUGUGUGUGUGUGUGUGUGUGUGUCUGUGAGAGAGCGAGAGAGAGAGAAGUGAGCGGUUGAUCUUAUUGAGUCAGUCUUCAGUGAGACGGCGGUGAGAGAGGAUCAUGCGGCGAACAAACUUUCUUUCCCAUCCGCUGCACUGCUUUCAUCAUCAUCAUCAUCAUCAUCAUCAUCCUCAUCCUCAUAAUCCUGUAAAUCCAACCAAACCCAGCUGAGGAAUAAUGUCAGCAGACAGCGCCAAAUUGGUGGGGGACUACACCUGCGUGCGUUUUUACGUGUCCACCGUGUCCUUCUCGGUGCUGCUCUUCUUCAACCUCAUUAUCAACUCGACCAUAGUUAGCGUGGAGCGGCUCCGGAGUCAUGCCCGCUUCGUGCUGGUUUUCCACCUGCUGUUGUCCGCCCUGGUUUACCUGGGGAUGAGCAGUGUCUUCUACUACCAGAUCCACCUGGACGCACGGCCGAGCCGCUCCGCCUGCCUGACCAUGAUCACCAUCUUGAUCAGCAGCGCCUCCAACAUCCUCCUGACGCUCACGGUGAUGGCUUUGGACCGCUACUGCGCCGUGUGCCACCCGAUGCGCUACACCUCCACCUGCACGGCGGGGCACUGGCCCUGGCUGCUGGGUGUGCUCACCUGGCUCGUGGCUUUGGUCAUUCCCCUCAGCUUGCUCCUCAACCCGUACUCCAACGGGGACGACUAUGGCGGGGAGUGCGGCCGGGAGCAGCUGAAGAAAGGCGAGCUGCAGAAGGUGCUGUUCAUAGGUUUGUGCACGCUUCUCAUCCUGUACAGCUAUGUGAGGAUAUUAAUGGAGGGGCGGCGGUUAGGGGUGCUGAACCGGCGAAACCGGGCCGGGUGCAGGACAAUCGCCCUGCACGGCAGCCAGCUGGCGGUGUACAUUCUCCCCAAUUUUGUGAACUUCGUGCUGACGAUGUUGUACAAACAGGAUCUCAUUCAGCCAGUGACUAAGGAGCGGUCAGCCGUGGUUAUCUUUACUUUCUUCAGUUUGGCGCAGUGCGUUGCUCCGGUUGUGUACGGUUUGCGCAAAGAGGAACUUAUAGAGCAGUUGAGUCACAAGUUCCCCUGCUGUUCCCGAUACUUGAAGAGUGUCCUCGGCUGGACUGUGCACGUCAACUGGACACACAGUCAACACAAGACACGGGAGCGAACACUGACAGCCCAAACGAUAAUUUCCCUCGAGGUCCCUCAAGUCCCAGAGGAGGAGCAAACAACGGCAAUGUCAGUCAGGAGUUCCCCACAUGACUUGCACUCAUGUCAAGGCGAUGCGGACAAUGCCUGAUGGGAAAAAAGUAGGUCAAUGUCAGGAUCCUGACUGCCACAGGAACAUUUGGAUAAGUGGCUGGUGUUCUCAGCUCAGGCCUGAAAGGAACUAAAGAAACCACCUUGGACACAAUAAUCCAGAUCUAGGUUUCUUAGUCACCAUGGAACAUUAAGACCUGGAUGUGCAUCAUUGUCACACCACCACAUGGACAUCAGCAUGUUUAUAUUUUGGUCUAUUUUUGACUUUCUGUCAGGAGAGCACACACUGAAGCUUCUCAGUGGCCAACAGCAGAAGACAGCAUGGUUUCAGAAGAAGUGGGCAGUUCUCUUGUACAUUUUCCUGGCUGGUCCAGGACACUUAAUCAAGUCUUCAGGUCACAAGCCCACUUCUCUGACCUCUAGCUUACAAACAGCCCAGCAUCAUUUGCGAUUAAAAUGACUGGGAUGGACAGACUUAAACAUAUCAUCUGGUGAAUGUUGUUUCCAUGUGUUCCUAACCUUGUGGACAUUAAAAAUUGUGAGUUUAAUGGUCUUGAAUAUUUACAGCAUCCAUGAAAUCAAGAGAAGGCAGAUCACACACGCUUCGCUUUCUUGCUGAGAAUUAGAUGAGAUGAUCAAUACCACUCAUCUGUCCGUUAAAUAUUAGGUGUGGGGGCGGAUGUAUGCCCAAAGCGAUGUUGUACGGGACGGCAUUGGCUCAGGAGGUAGAGCGGUCAUGUAGUAAUCAGAAUGUUCCUUAGAUCUAUCUUGUGUUAGAUCACACUCGGUGCACAUGAACGCGUAACAGCCAUCUCUUUAGUUCAGAGAAACACACAAAACAUUUGUUAUUUACCAUUAAAAGCUUUUUUCACAGUUUAACAUGCAUUUAUUUGGUGGUAAUGAAAUAUAUUCAGAAGUAACCAAUUAAUAAUGCAUGAAUCAUGACUCAUUUCUCUCCCCUACGUGAUAUUACAUUAGCUGCUCUUAAUAAUAAAAAAGUAUCAACAUUGGUAUCAAUAUUAGUGAUCUUGUUUGGCACUAGGUCAAAGGUAACUGUAUCCUGGCUUUAGCUUCACAUUUAAUGGACACCCAUAUGAGCAAUACCAUUAUCAAUCUUCUCACCUAGCUAAUUCUCUGCAAUAAAAUGUUAAAACUAUUCUUUUUAACAUAAGUUAGCUUAAGUUUUACAUGAUUCUGGGCUAAAGGUCCUCUAAUGGAGAACAGGCAAUGGGCAUGACAAAUCCUAACUUUCUCAAAGCAAAGCUAAUAUUUCCUCUCUCAAUAUUUAUCACUACUAAAAAAAGGAAAUUCUAUAAUCAGUGGGGAAUGCCUACAAGCAGAAUGUGGGUUUUGACGAUCUAUAGCACCGUUGCUGCUUUGGAGGUUGUCAGUUCGUUUUUAGUCAGACGGAGCAAUUCAUGCCGGGGGAAUUCACAUCUUUUUAACCACAGGGCUCGUGAGUGCUGGCCUGGCACAAGCCUCAUUUUCUCUCAGUCUCACACCCACAGCACAACACUUGUCAAGUGAUUGUGCAUAUGAAGGCAGGAAGGGGUUCCUGUUUUUAUGCACCGUGCACCAGCAGACAUAGCAGUUACUGGCAUUCCUGUACAGUGUUUUUGCCCUGGAAGAUCCAGGGCAGCAGAAGUGAAAGCUAAGUUGGCAGUUGUUUUGACUACAACAGAAAUAGGAAGUGAGUAUGGCAGGAAAUUGGGUAAAAAUAUUGCUUCGAUGGUAUUUUUAAUUAACAUUUCUUUUUUUCUUCAGAGCUUCAAUAUUUCAUUGGUUUUUACAGGUUAGAAAAGCUUGUACAAGAAAACAGAAACAAGUAAGUGUAGUUUGGCCUGUUAAUGCCACAUUCAGAUAUGGUGACAAAGAAUUUAAAGGAAUCUGAGGCAACAGUUGUAUUGCAACUCUAUCCAGGCAGAGGCCUAAUAAAGGUUUGUUUAAUGACAGAAAAAUGUCUGUCAAUAUAUUAUAUUAAACUGAUAUGGACAAUCAUCGCUCUUACCGGUGCAAGCCAAGACAGAUAAAUGGAUAGACAGACACAGACACUUUAUUCAUUAAUCCCAACAGGUAAGUGUGCUUAAACAUAAAAAGGUCUGCACAAUCAAUCCAACUCCACUACAACAGUUGAGACAAAGGUCUCGCACCUUCAGAGGUAUUUUUAGAUAAGGUGAUUUCUUUCCAGGCAUGUGAUCAUAUCUGUUAUUGAAUAACACACUGCACAUUUUUUACUUCUCAGCAGUAUUGCUUGAUGUACAAGUUAAUGGAAAGGCAAGAACGUGCAGACUUAAUUUAAGUGUUAUGAAUGCGUGAACACACUUUGAUACAGCAGAUUAUGUGCAUUUAUUGUACAAGAAAGUAUUUCUUAAAAAUAUCUUAAAUCCAGGUAUGCAGUGGUUACCUUCCAACAACUACAGUUAAUGAUGCCUG